UUUGCUGGCCGGUGCCCUGCCGCCAUUUUCAAACCCCCUAAUAUUGACUAUGGCGACUACCUCCUGACAGAAACUCUAUUCCCUCCUCGGAGGCCUCGGCCGGUCCCGAGUUCCUUUUGCUCUUCUCGGCUCCAAGGAGCUUCACCCCCCCCUACCCCUCUAAGGCUCUCUCCCUUUGCCAGCUCUCCUUCUUCCACAGCCAUGGAGGUGGAGCCGGUGGCAGCGACGGAGAGCGCGGCCCAGGAGUCCGAGCAGCCCCCACCUCGGAGGCGCGGCCGCCGGUCUCGGAUGUCGGGCGCCGCAGCCGAUACGGAGGCCGGGCUGGACGUUCCUGCCUCCGGCCCGGACCAUCAGAGGAGAUACUCCCUUCGGAGAGGUAGUUCCUUCACAUUUCUAACACCAGGGCCACAUUGGGAUUUCACUUUGAAAAGAAAACGAAGAGAAAAAGAUGAUGAUGUUGUAAGUCUUAGCAGUUUGGAUCUUAAGGAGCCAAGCAACAAAAGAGUUCGAUCUCUGGCUCGAGUCUCAUCUUUGGCAAAUUUAAUCUCUCCUGUGAGAAAUGGAGCAGUCAAACGUUUUGGUCAAACGAUACAGUCAUUUACACUUCGUGGUGACAACAGAUCUCCUGCUUGUGCCCAGAAAUCAUUUAACAGGGCUACUGUCCCAACUCCUUCUAAAAGAAGAAACAGUGUACGAUGGUCAGAGAUGUUAGAUAUCAACAUGAAAGAAUCUUUAACCACCAAAGAAAUCAAACGUCAAGAGGCAAUAUAUGAAAUGCUCCGAGGAGAACAGGAUUUAAUUGAGGAUCUUAAGCUUGCCAGAAAGGCCUACCAUGAUCCUAUGUUGAAGUUAUCUAUCAUGUCUGAGGAAGAACUCACACAUAUAUUUGGAGAUUUAGAUGCUUACAUACCUCUGCAUGAAGAUCUGUUGGCAAGAUUAGGAGAAGCAACAAAGCCAGAUGGGACAGUGGAGCAAAUUGGUCAUAUUCUUGUGAACUGGUUGCCAGGUUUAAAUGCUUAUAGAGGCUACUGCAGUAACCAGCUUGCAGCUAAAGCUCUUCUUGAUCAGAAAAAACAAGAUGCAAGAGUUCAAGAUUUCCUUCAGCGUUGUCUUGAGUCUCCUUUCAGUAGGAAAUUAGACCUCUGGAGUUUCCUGGACAUUCCUCGAAGUCGCCUAGUUAAAUAUCCCUUGUUGUUAAAAGAAAUUCUCAGACAUACACCCAAAGACCACACUGAUAUAAAACCUCUAGAAGAAGCUCUAUUGGUAAUACAAGGAGUACUCUCUGAUAUCAACUUGAAGAAAGGAGAAUCAGAAUGCCAAUAUUAUAUUGAUAAACUGGAAUAUCUGGAUGACAAACAGAAGGAUCCUAGGAUUGAAGCUAGCAAGGUGUUGCUUUGCCAUGGAGAACUGAAGAAUAAAAAUGGACAUAAACUCUAUAUUUUCUUGUUUCAAGACAUCCUUGUCUUGACUCGUCCUGUUAUACGCAAUGAACGCCACUCCUAUCAAGUAUACCGUCAGCCUAUUCCUGUCAAGGAGCUGGUGUUAGAGGACCUGCAGGAUGGUGAUGUGAGAAUGGGAGGUUCCUUUAGAGGUGCUUUUAGCAACUCAGACAAAGCUAAAAAUAUCUUCAGAGUUCGUUUCCGGGACCCUUCACCAGGGCAGUCCCAUACUUUACAAGCUAAUGAUGUGUUCCAUAAGCAACAGUGGUUCAAUUGUAUCCGAACUGCCAUUGCCCCCUUUCAUCAGACCACCAGUCCAACAGAGUUUAAGGGUUUGUCGGAGCUCAAUAAGGGGUCUGAAAAGAACAACCCUUUGGCAUCACACAUCAAAUCCCAAAGGAAGUCAUCAACACUUUCUGGUCUCAUUCCUCUGGAAGUAGAUGAAAAUUCCCCUGAAUGUAUUCCCAGCAUAGCUAUAAAUGAAAACUCCACAGAUAUAAAAGCACACAGAAUACAACCUGGGUCCCCAAAAGCACAAGAGAAGGCCCAACUGAAUGAUAAAAGGAAAGAGACUUUGGUAUAAAGGGAAUCCAUGUACCAACUGAAGAAAAGACUGUUUAUAAAUGUGUAUAUAUUUUUUUCAUGUAAUGUUGAACAUGCUAGGGUUACUUUGUCUUGAUGUGUUGGUUUUUUUAAUGGCAGCUACUAAUAACUCUGUUAAACUAUGGUCUGUUUUUUAAAGAAUGUAGAAUUUAUAUUUUCUUAAUUUGUACCAUAAUUUGGAAAUUUUUAAAGCUUAGCACAGUUAGAUGGGAAAUCUAAAAGGCAGAUGGUUCAUAAGUUCUGAUCUACUAUGGCUUUUUUUCUCUUUUCAAAUAUUUUCUCAAUUAUACACAAAAAACAAUUUUUACCAUUUGCUUUUAAAAUGUUAAGUUCCAAAUUCCCCCCUUCUUUCUUCCUUCUUUUCCCCUCUUAAUGAGAAAGCAAGAAAUUUGAUAUAGCUUAUACAUGUGCAGUCAUGCAAAACAUUUCCAUAUUAGUCAUAUUGUGAAAGAAAACACAGACCAAGGAAAAAAACCCAAGAAAAAUAAAGUUUAAAAAUCUACCAUGGCUUCUUGAUACCAACUAUGAUAUUUGAAAUGUCUGCAAAAUUGAACAAUUUUGCAAAUGAUAAUAUUUUACCAAUAUUUUUUCCCAAACUUUAUAGCCCAAUUUUUCUCAAAAUUGAAUGUUAACAUGAUCAUUUAAAAUAUACAUAGUAUAUAUGUAUUGAAAUAGUUCUUUGGAAAACAGACCAUAGAAUUCAGUAGUUUCCAUUUUAACAACUGGAACUCUUUUUUUAACUGUACAUUUUCAUUUUUCCUUUGCAUAACCUGACAAUUAUUUACUUUUUUUUUCAUUGUAAAUGUAGUGUUAAGAAUUUUUUUUAUUUUGAUGGUUUUUCAAGUUAACAUUUAUUUAAAGUAUUUGAUUUUCCUUGUCUUAAAAUGUAUAUAUUUGUGUGUUUAUACAUAUAUAUAUUUUAAGAUGAUUUUAGCCAUACUGUUUCUUGAGCCAGUAAGAAAAGUGGCAUCUUUUAAAUGUAGCAUUUUGGGAGGUGGUAAACCCACAUAAAAGGUCUUGAGAAUGCUCUAUACUAGUAAAAAGGGUGCAUAGUAUGAUGUACAGUGAUGAGCAUUUUAGUGCAAAAAGGAAGGAAGGAGGAGGACAGGUUGACUUUUAAUAAGCUCCAAAAAGGAAAAAGAGGAGUGGUUUUGUCUUAAAGUAAAAUAGCUGGUGUCUGCCAGAAUGUGAAAGAAGAAAGUAUCACGGACAAACCAAAGGGAUUUAAAGCAUGUUGAAGAGGGCUAGACGGAAUUGAACUUUAUUUGAAAGAUGUUAAGAAUAGUGAAUAAAAAAUGAAUAUGGGAAAAGAAGUGACAUGAAGAAUGAAAUCUUGACAAAGUUGACUAGGAGUAAAAGCUUGUCAAGUCUUCCCAAAAUGUUUUCAGGAUACUAUCAGAAGAAGUCAUUAGAGUUUUGUUUUCAAUCUGCCAAAAACACACACACAAGUACAGUGCAGCCCCACAGUGACUAAAAACUUAAUCACAGCUUAUAUAUUCAGUGGAAAAGUCUGUAAAUACAUGAAACCAAAUGGAGGGGUGUCUGUAUAAAUGAAUUAUACUAUUAAAAAAUACACAAACCCACCCCAAAA